GCUGAGUAAAUAAGCCUCCUCUUAUAAGGGUCUCUGGAGCCGAGCUCUGCUCAGACACGCACAGGGCCAGCUUGUUGGUGUACAGAAGACGUGGAGCGACCAAGAGCUGAAUCAAGAUGAGGACCCUGAUUCUCCUCGGACUCUGUGUUCUGGCUGCAGUCUGCAAUGCAGAUUCCUCAGAGUCCAAUGAGAUUGACGAUGUGCUGUUCCUUGGGAGGGGAGAUGCCUAUUCCUUUAUGAGACCUGCAAGGCAACCGUACGGAUGGGAAAGGCCACGACUCAAGUCCAUGUACGAGAUGAACAGAGAGCAGUGCGAGGAUUACCCGCACUGCGGUCGUCCGAUAAGACCGACCAGAGGCAGACGCGCUUACAGCGGAUUCUUCGGCGGCGGCUGGAUGCGUCCCCAAAGCCGCGGCAUGUUGCGGCCUCACCGACAGAGAAACGGCCGGUUCGGGAAACAGUACGAUGGGUACUAAGGGUGGGGGCAACAGCAAAACCAGCACACACAUCCGCACGCACAGACAUACACACACACAUGGACACGCGCACAAACGCACGCACGCAGACACACUCGCACACAGGAAUCUGUGGUUGGCAGGACAGUGUCAAAUAAAAUCAGGACAUGUUAGAAAGACUCAGCUGGUCAGGCAGCAUCUGUAGUGAGGGAUGUUCCAUUAAUGAUAAGUAACACACACACAAUGCAGGAGCUACACAGCAGGUCAGGCAACAUCUGUGGAGGGGAAUAAGCAGUCAACAUGUUGGGCUCCCUCCAUAGAUACUGACUGACCUGCUGAGUAGCAUUUUGUGCAUGUUACUCAAAAUUUCCAGAAUCUCCUGUGUCUCUUCUAUAGACGAGAACCCUCCAACACACCCUGAAUGCACCUCAAUAUCCCACGGGUUUCUGGUGUACCUGCCCCAGGGUGAUUCAGUGUGACAGCUUCUGUUCACCCCAGUAACCCUCCUCAUUGCCCCUGGACCUAUCAAUUACAGUAUCUCCCCUAAAUGCUUCUCAUUCCCUUACCUGCUGAGUGCUUCCAGUAUUGCCUUUUUAUUUCAGACUUCCAGUAUCUGCAGUUUUUUAAAAAUUUUCAGCCGAGUAAUGCUACCAGGCGGAAAGGCAAUGGAAUCUUCCCUGGCAUCCAAGCCAUUAACAUCCUGCCUUGGGGCCUGUUGCCCAGUUGUGUGGGGGGCAGUUUUUUUUUCCCAGUCGCCAUGUUACCUCAUUCCCGAGAGAGGUGCCGGGAAAAGGGUCUCACACCAAACUCCGUGUCCGCAGCUUGCUCCUAACGGGAUCAGGCGGAGAAAAUGCCACGGGCAUUCAGCCAGUACCCGUGGAAGGAGAACCAUUACAGAUCAGGAGGUCUUUGAUGAAAGGUCGUCAACCUGAAACGUCAGCUCUGUUUCUCUCCCCACUUAUGCUGCCUGAUCAGCUGAGCAUUUCUGCCGUUUUCUGAUUUUAUUUCACAUUUUCUUUCACUCCUGGAACGAUCUCCACACAGCACUGAGGCUUUGGCUUUAGCUAAUCUCCCUCCAUUCAUUCACCAAAUCAUAGCUAACACUACCAGCUCCACUCCUUCCCCUACUCAUACCCUCACUGGAGACAGUUAUUAAUGUUGGGCUUUCUCACAGUAAGCUGCCACGGGAAGAGAUCAGAGAGGAGUCAGCGCUCAUUGACCAUGGGGGAAGGGUGGGGUGUGAUGGCCAGAGGAACACAAUCAUGUUCCCCUCAUUCUGUGGAACGAGAGGGUUCCCGUAGAGGUGACUCACUCAGGGUUGGGGGCGUCCUCCAUCUCAGUCCAACUGGGAUGAGGAAGAGGGGUGCCUCUGCCCCUUAACAGGGGAACUUAAUGUCCCAGCCCCCUUUGGGUGGGUACCAUUCUCGUUGACUGAAGAGAUCCAAUCGUCAAGCGAUGCAGAAAGGGAGAGAAGUGGUGGUGGGAAAGUGACAUUGGACAGAUGAUGGACUGGCAAGAGGGGAAGCAUGUAAGAGUAAACUAAAGUUCAAAGUCAAUGUCACCAUACACAACCCAGAGUUUCACUUUCUUGUGGGCAUAACUCAACAGGUCAAUAGAAUAAUAAGCAUAACAGAAUCAAUGAAGGACCACCCAGCUUGGAUGUUCAACCAGAGUGCAGAAGACACCAAGUUGCUUGAAUACAAAAAUAAGGAAGAACAACAAUAAAUAAAUAAGCAAUAAAUAUUGAGAAUAUGAGAUGAAGAGUCCUUGAAAGUGAGUCCAUAGGUUAGGAGAAUAUUUCAGUGAUGGGGCAAGGUGAGUGAAGUUAUCCACUUUGGUUCAAGAGCCUGAUGCGUGUGACAGAGCAGUACAAAGCAGACCAGACGGCUGACCUCUUCGGGUGCACGUAACCUUUCCACUACAGCGGGGCUGAGAACUUCCUUAGAACCAGUGGCAAAAGGAAGGCAAUUUCAGCUCAAGAGCAGCAAGGUGCUUUUCUCCUGAGGGAGGUGGGUAGAGUUAGCAGCCUCUGGGGCAGGAUUGCCCAGCACCUGUUCCAGACUGCCCCAGCUCAGUAGAUUGUACUCCAGUUAACAAUAUCAGUAAACAACGCAGUGUAAAGCAUAUCGGCAGAGAAAAAUAAAAUUAUAGUCUGCAAUAUAUACUGUAUAUUAUACACUUAAACCUUGUAAAUACAUCCUGUUUGCGACUUGAACCUGUAACAGCUCCUUAUCGACCUCUGUUUGAAGCUUACAACCUAAUCAUAAUAGGUGCAGAG